CUGGCCUCGGGCUGCAGUCAGGCCGCCUUUGCACCAUGACCCCCCAGCUGCUUCCCCUGCUGCUGCUGCUAUUGGCCGGCCCCCCCACCGCUCAGCCGGUUCCCCCGACCUGCUACUCCAGGAUGCUGGCCCUGAGCCGGGAGAUCACCGCUGACUUCCAGAGCCUGCAGGCCACGGAGCCUUCGGAGCUGUGUGUGAGAUACCUGCCCAGGUUGUACCUGGAUAUACACAAUUACUGUGUGCUGGCUAAGCUGCGGGACUUUGUGGCAUCGCCCCAGUGUUGGAAGGUGGCCCAGGUAGAUGCCUUGAAGGACAAAGUGCGGAAACUGUACACCAUCAUGAACUCGUUCUGCAGGAGGGAUUUGGUGUUCCUGUCAGAUGACUGCAAUGCCUUGGAAUACCCAAUCCUAGUGACCACGGUCCUGCCAGAUCAUCAGAGCUAAGGCAGCUCAGACCAGAGAGAGACCCCAGGGGGACUGAAGUUAUGUCAGCUGCCCAGACACAAUGGGCUAAAGUCAUGGCCCCCACAGGUCUCCCUGAAACUGUCAUGUGUCUCUCCACCUUUUGGAAAGCAAGGCUUGUGCUCCUACCCUAGAACCGAUUUUUAACACAGUUAAAAGCCUUGCUUCUCCUUCCCCUUGGUUUUGUCUUACCAGCAUGGUUAGGUACACAAGCUUGUUGAUUUGAUCACUAAGAAGAAAAGGGCAAACCAGCUUCUUUUUUAUGAACAACUAGCUUGAGAACAAGCAAAAUAGUAUGUUUGCAAUACCACUUUAACGUAGUGGUACCAUUUUUCUUUCUUGAUAAAAACCUGCUUACAUUUAACCAAGCUUCUAUUUUAUACUUUCUCUCUCUACAAAUUUUCCUUACACUUAUCCUUCAUUUUUAAGGAAAUUUCAUUAUCUAUAAGAUGUAUUUGCGAGGCUCAUAAUUACACAGUGCUGAUGGGAACCACUCUUUCAUUGAAAGGUGAUGAAAAUCAAAUAAAGACUAUCAUUACAGUGAGAAA